GGGACCCGUUUCCUUCAGCCUCCGCUGUCUGACGCCGUCGUCCAGGACCUGGGCCACCAGGAGAGCCCCGUUCAUACCUUUUGCAGCCCCGCCGACCUGGGCCCCAGCAUCCCCGGAGACCAUGAUGGCGUAUAUGAACCCGGGGCCCCACUACUCCGUCAAUGCCUUGGCCCUAAGCGGCCCCAGUGUGGAUCUGAUGCAUCAAGCUGUGUCCUACCCAAGCGCUCCGAGAAAGCAGCGACGAGAACGGACCACCUUCACCCGAAGCCAGUUGGAGGAGCUGGAGUCCUUGUUUGCCAAGACCCAGUACCCGGAUGUAUAUGCCCGGGAGGAGGUGGCUCUGAAGAUCAACCUGCCCGAGUCCAGGGUUCAGGUCUGGUUCAAGAACCGCAGGGCUAAAUGCAGACAGCAGCGGCAGCAGCAGAAGCAGCAGCAGCAGCCCCCGGGGGCACAAGCCAAGGCUCGCCCUCCCAAGAGGAAGGCAGGCACUUCUCCAAGAUCCUCCACGGAUGUCUGUCCGGACCCCCUGGGCAUCUCGGAUUCCUACAGCCCCCCUCUCCCUGGCCCGUCAGGCUCCCCCAGUGCAGCAGUGGCCACUGUGUCUAUUUGGAGUCCAGCUUCAGAGUCCCCUUUGCCUGAGGCGCAGCGGGCUGGGCUGGUGGCCUCAGGCCCUUCUCUGACCUCAGCGCCCUAUGCCAUGACCUAUGCCCCCGCCUCUGCUUUCUGCUCUUCCCCCUCAGCCUAUGGGUCGCCGAGCUCCUAUUUUAGUGGCCUGGAUCCCUACCUUUCUCCCAUGGUGCCCCAGUUGGGGGGUCCAGCUCUCAGCCCCCUUUCUGGCCCCUCUGUGGGGCCCUCCCUGACCCAGUCCCCCACCUCCCUCUCAGGCCAGAGCUAUGGCACCUACAGCCCUGUGGACAGCCUAGAAUUCAAGGACCCCACUGGCACCUGGAAAUUCACCUACAACCCCAUGGAUCCCCUGGACUACAAGGAUCAGAGUGCCUGGAAGUUUCAGAUCUUGUAGAAGACACUCUUCUCCAUCUCUCGUCCAAACGGCCUCCCUGCACGUCGUCUCCACCUGCCCUGGGGUGGCAUCCCUGAGAAAGCGCCAGGAGAUGGCCAUCCUUCCCAAGGUCAUGGCCUCUUUGGCUCCAGGGCAGCUUAGCCCAAUACGGUCCACCCCUUUCCUCCUGGGGAAAGAGGAUCCCUUCUCUCUCCUGGCACUCCAUAGGUCUUAGGAAUUCUCUCAAUCCCCAACACUGUCUCAAAUGGAAUCACACGGACAUUUCAAGCCAUGAGCCCCAGACUCGAGAAACUGGUGCUGAGAAUUUGCCCCGAGGAGAAAUGAAACCAAACUCGUAGUUGAUUUGGGAUGAUGUUUAGGUCAGAAUCAUGGUGCCCUUGAACCAAUAGGUCAGGAAGUUUCAUUUCUUACCUUUCCAUUUGGGACACUUCUUUGGUAUAAGUAGAGAUCCUUCUAGAAAUUCCAAAGACAGACUUUAUGAAGCCCCACCAGGGAACCUUAGGCCAAUUAUCAGCUAUGUUCAGAAAUUCAUUUGGCAGUUUUACAGAUUUAACAAAUGUCAGGUUUACAUGGUAGGUUUAGGGGGCUGUUUGAUAUGUAUUUCUUCUUUCUUCUUCGUUUCUUCUUAAAGACAUUUCAUUAUUCAUUCAUUUGGACUUUGAGAGUGGGCAUAUUGAUAGGAAAAUGGAAGGCAAGUUGACCGUUUCACGUCUACUCUGUUUUCUUUGGUUCUAGCAGUUUCUAAAGGUGAACUUCACCCAGACAUUGGAGGGACGGUGGUGGCUGUGUGGUGUGCACCAACUGUGAUUGUAGGUAUUUCAAAGAGAAGAGGAGAUGGACAGGCUUCCCAUCUGUAAAUAUAUGAGAGAUGGGGGUGGGGUGACAGAAGUGGCUUUGGAGGCAACCCCACAUCCCAAACACACAUUCCCUCUUUCAGAUGUUUUGUUUCCAGUUUCAAUUGUGGGAUUGGACAAUAAAUAGAGCUUGGCCUGGGAUGCUUUCCUGGGGCAGCCCUGUAUUUCUUUCAAUAUACUCUGACUCAAGGCACAGAGACAAGCAGUGUGAGAAUCUGGAGAGGGAUUUAGGCAAUUUGACACUCUGGAAGUUUGGUGCUUUGGCACCUACGUCCUCGGAAUGAGUUCUUUUACUUCUGGGUGGGAGAGGCAGGAGCCACAAGCCUUUCACUUGUGGGUUUCCCAAAGCAAAGGCUGAAAGGAGUAGAGCAAGAAGGAGAUGGCGUGCUGGUAGAUGCUUAACAACGGGUUCUCCAAGGAAGAGGAACUCUCUGAUUUGUAGCGUUUGCCCAUUGCUGUAGUGUAAAUUCUCCCGCCACAGCUGAUUUCAAGGUGCUAACCUGAGGUCCCUGAACUUGGAAUUGGGAAGAGAUCCUUGUAAUCUGUGCUCCCCAUCUAAGACAAGCUGGCUGCAGACCCCCAGACAUACAGAAAGGGACGUCAGGAGGGAGGCACAGUGUGGAGAGAGUCUGGUAGGCAUCCGAUGCUUUUUCCUGGUCCAGGCUUGGAGAGGUCCAUACAACCUGGGCCCCCAGGGCACACUGCAAUGACUGGGGCCCACAAAGAUGGUUUACUCAACACACCACUCGAUCAUAUCUCAUGAGCCUGAGUCACGCUGGGACAUGAGGCUCAGAGGCUGGAUGAAACAUAUGCACAGAGAAGGAGAGCCUAUGCUGGGGUAUGGGAUGGAGGAGCCAGGAAAAAUUCACAGGAGAGGGACAGGUAGGAGAUGAUAUUGUGUUCUGGAUUCUGUGCAAAAGUUGGGACCAGGAUGCAAUGUCCAUUAUUCCUUUUUCAGAGAGUCAUGUCUGUGCUGGAGGCUGGGGUCUCAGGUGUCGCUGAGAGUCUCUCCCUAUCCCACAGAGGAGAGCAUGUUUUGUACAAACAAUUCAAAGGCAGCUCAAUGAGGGGGCCUGGGGAGGGCUUGAAGGAUGGACCUGACGUUCUGGAGGAGGAUGGGAAGUUAUAGAGGCUGGGGGCCACAGUCACGGGCCAGUGGGGGUCAGAUUUAGCGAGCCCUAUCCUGGGGUCUUCAGAGAGUCUUCGAGGAGUUGGAUGGAGAGAGGAGUUGAAUCUGUACGAGAGAUUCCAGAUUCCUUUGGGUCAGCCUUCUGAACGCUGGUUCUUUGGCUGUCCAUUGUGAAUGCAAAAGUCCCUACUUUCUCAAGCCAGGAUGAGUGACAGGGGAGGUGGGGACAGAAACACGAGGCCGGGAGCCUCCCUCCCUCUUGCGUCAGACCCUCUGUCCUCUCCUUUCCCACUCACUGGUCUUCCACUGCUGGCCACCUGUGGAGUGAAACAUGAUUAAAAUGUUGAAUUCUGCUUAA